GAGUGUGUGCACUGGAGUGUAGAUGCUCCAUUCAGCUCAUUGCUUUGAAGCAAAGUGGUCUGUAGAUCAUCUCUUGUACUUGUUUUAAAAGCCGUGAGGUAGAAGUAGAACUCAGACAUCGGGGAAAAGGCAAAGAAAUGGCUCUGAACAUUAUACGUGGAGUGGAAGACCUAGUGGCAUCGGGCAGCCAGCUCAUCUGGAGCCUGGCACAUCAGACCCUAAGGAGGUGGUACAAUGGUGGGCUGAUGCCAUGCAGACGCUUCCUAGAAGCCAGGUUCAGGAUUGGAAAAUGCUACCAGAUGACAGAAGGUCGUCUGUGCCAGAUUCAGCUCCUCGAUAGCAGGAACCUGGAGCUGUUGGUUCAGCCCAAGCUGUUGUCCCGUGAGCUGUUAGACUUGGUGGCCUCACAUUUUAACCUGAAAGAGAAAGAAUACUUUGGAUUGUGCUUCACAGAUGACACUGGCCAGAAUAACUGGCUCCAGCUGGAUCGUAAAGUUCUUGAUCAUGACUUUUCCAAGACUUUGGGGCCUUUGGAACUCAAGUUUCUUGUGAGGUUUUAUAUUGAGAAGCUCACCUUCUUGAGAGAGAACAAAACAGUGGAGCUGUUCUUCCUGAAUGCUAAGUCUUUAGUGUUUAAUGAGACCAUUGAAGUGGAGAGCGCAAAUGUUUUUAAGUUAGCCGCUUUCGCAUUGCAGGAGGCCAAAGGAGAUUACAGCAGGUAAGAAACUGCCAGAUCAGAACUAAAGGAGCUCCCAGUUCUGCCCACCAGAGUUUUAAGAGAGCACCCAUCUCUCAAUUACUGUGAGGACAAAGUGAUUGAACAUUACAAGAAACUACAGGGACUGACCAGAGGACAAGCCAUUGUACAGUAUCUGUCCCUGGUGGAGUCCCUGCCAGCAUAUGGAGUCCAUUAUUACCCAGUGAAGGACAAGCAGGGAAUACCGUGGUGGCUGGGAGUCAGUUACAAAGGCAUAGGCCAGUACGAUUUGCAAGAUAAGCUGAAACCAAGAAAGUUGUUUCAGUGGAAGCAGUUGGAGAAUUUGUAUUUCCGGGAGAAGAAAUUUGCAGUGGAAGUGAACGACCCACACAGGAGAACAGUGACCAAGCGAACAUUCGGACAGACGGGCCAGGUUAUACACACAUGGUAUGCCAGCCACUCUCUGAUUAAAACCAUCUGGGUAAUGGCCAUAAGUCAACACCAGUUCUACCUGGACAGGAAGGAAAGCAAAUCAAAGAUGACAACAACCAGGAGCUCAGGAGACAUUGCCAUGGAUCUCACAGAGAUCUGCACCCAGCAAAUCAGUAGACUUUCCAGCAUUGAGAGCAAAGAUCAGCUUAUCAUGGCCAGCAAUGGAAGUCUCAUCUCAGCCGGUUCUGCUGACUCUGAAGUCAGUGAGGAGCAGAAGAAAGAGAAGAUUGCUGAGUUGAAAAAAAAGGAAAAGAACCUUAAGGACACACUGACACAGAAACUUGAGGAACUAAAAAAGAUAUGCCUGAGAGAAGCUGAGCUCACAGGCAGAUUGCCAAAAGAGUAUCCCCUGGCCACAGGUGAGAAGGCUCCUCGAGUGCAACGCCGUGUUGGGACAGCCUUCAAGCUGGAUGACCUUUUUCCCUAUGAUGAGGACCCACAUCUGAGGAAUCUGGAGAGCAGGUUUGCCUUGCAGCAGAAGAUUGUGGAAGCAGCCUUCAAGUUAGCCAGUGAGGGCGACCUCUGCAAGACGGUGAAGAAAAAGAGGAGAAACAACUUUUUGGAUGCAAAGAGGAAGCUGGAGGAGAUUGAGAAGGAGAUCAACACUUACAGGAUACGGAAAGGAAAGAAACCCACCCAGAGAGCUUCAGUGAUCCUAGCAGAUGAUGUCAACCCUUCAGAACUCAGUUCUCUAUCUGACAGCCUCACUCUGGAUGAUGAUGAUGAGCUUGGUUCCCAGAGGCAGCGGUCCAGAUCUAUGCAGAAUUCUCCUAGACCACACCAUGCAGAAACUCUGGACAUCCACUACAACAAAGACAGACAACUCUCUAACAGUGACAUGCAUGCAGAUAGCAGAUUAAAUUACAGCCAAGUCCAGGAAUCGCUCCACUACAGUCACCAUGUUGCCUUAUCAAGCCACAGCAGCCCAUUUAAACCAGCUUCCAGACAGCCACGUGAUGCCUGCAGCAUGCCCCCCACCCCCCUCCUCCCCCGCAACGCAUAUAGCAGCACCCAGCUCAGGUCAGAUGACGUGCCACAACAUUUCCGCCAGCGUAGUGGGAGUCUGGAGUCGCAGUCUCAGUUCCUCACGGAGACCGAACCACCAGUGUCAACAUUCACCUUCUCUCCGGCCAGACGCAGCAACAGCACUGAGAUUCCUAGUGUGGAGUAUAACAUCCCUGGUAACCACACCCACAGACGCAGAACUCGCGGUUGCCGCAGAAAAGACGCGUAUGCCAACACUGGGAGUAUGCCCAACCUGGCUCAGCCAGACAUCCGCUACCACCAGCAUCAGGCCAGACCCACCACAACAGCCUACUACGUCACAGGCUAUCCUAUCAACACAGAACCAGAACCUUAUUCCAAUGGAACCUACAUGUAUGACAAUGAGAUGGAGGGACACUAUAACGUCAACCCUUCUUACCACCCCACUCCAGCAGCUCAUCACAGCCACAACACACGCAGUCACUAUAAUGAUGAGAUAGACGGGAUGUCACAGAACCUGUACGCCACAAUGCGGCCACCCAGGAACCGUCCACUCCACAGCAAUGAACAGGCCAGCAAGAACUUCCAGAAGGCAGUAGUGGCAGAACACUUGAUAGGCUGGUACCAUCGCAAUGCGGUACCCAAACAGUCCACAUACAGCUAUGAUUACGAUAGAGGCUCCCAGCAGAGCCUGGGCUAUCAGACCAUGCCUACACCCUACAGCCACAGCAACAGGAACAUUGCCUACUCAACAGUGUCCUCGGCACCCUCCACAGCACACUGGCACAGCCACACAAGUGGUGGUAUGAUGGAAUAUGACACGCCGUUACAUGUGUCGCAGUCCUACUCCUACAGUACAGCCCCCUACAGCCACUCCGCCCACAGCAGAUCCUACAUAGAUGUCAGCCAAAUGGACUCAAACAUCAACAACCAAAUGCACAACAACAUGGACCAGGAAGACCAGAUUUACUGGCAUGAAGACUCAAAACCAGGAACAAUAGUGUAGCUGCCUGUCUGCCAUUGUGCUGUAUGAAUUCUUCAUGUUGAAAGUUGUCAUUGUGCCUUAGACUGCACUUACCUGUUUUUCUGUAAAGGGGAUCCAAAGAAUGAAGGAGCUUAAUGUGGAUUUUCACAUAUAAUGAUGAUCACUUUAUUUGGCCAAGUAUGUUACACACACAAGGAAUUUGUCUCCGGUACAGAACUAAGGCAGCCAUCUGCAGUGCCAAGUCACACUGAUGGCGGUCGCUGUCUCUGCAGGGCACUGCUCUGGCCAUCAGGAGCAACUCGGGGUUCAGUGUCUUGCCCAAGAACACGUGGACUGCAGGCACCACAAAUCAAACCUUCAGGCUGGGAGACAGCUGUUUUACUCCAGCGCCACUGCCACAAACAGUCUUCUCGUUUCCUGUUUUCAUGAAUGCCUUUGCCAAACUUUCCACAUCCCAUUGGUUAAAUCAUAAAACUCCAUGAGAGUAUUCGCCUGUGUGGAGUGCCAGUGUUUGUGAUGAUGGCACAUGUGCACUGAAUUUACAGUAUACCAGGACCUGCUGUGGAGUAUGUGGUAUAGCCAAAGAGAACAUGGACUAAAUUUCUCCAGUGUUUCUCGGGAGGGACACUUCGCAAACCAAGGAUGAGGACUGUCUCUGGAAGAGGAUACUGAUUUGUAAUGAACAACAAGAAUUGGCCCGUCCUGGUCUGCUACUUACACAUGAACAUUGUAAUCAUGAAGGAUUGUAUGUUGUCAAAAUGAAGGAUUGAACACCUUAAAACAUGGUCAAAAAGAUGGCUGCUUUCUGGUACAUUUUGUAGUCACCAGAUCCAGUUUAUCACAGCUUUGAACUAAUACUGUGCUUCCUGUACUUUUCUGUCAUUUACACAGUAUUCAGUUGGUCUCACUGUCAGUACUUGCAUAUAACUGAGCCAAAUUCUUCUGUGUCACACCAUUUGAGUAUUACCAGAAGUCACCAACUUUGAUAAUACUGUCACAUCUGAUCAGGUGCUGCAGGAAAACAAUAUCCAGUUUUGUUUUGUGUUGUUUUAAAUUUUAAAAUGGUUACUUCAUCCAUGCUGGAAAUCAUGGACUGGUGCUCCCAAUUUCUGUCUGAAAAUAAAGCUGUAUGUACAUGUUGGUAUUGUAAAUACACUGUUUCUGUCUUUAUUAAGAGCAUUUGUAUGUAUUUGAAAAGCGUGUAAUAUAUUAUAAACAACUGUUAAGCUGGUUCUUAGUAAUUUGUAUAAGUGCAUUUGUUUGAAUUAAAAAAAUUGAACCAAUUGUUUAAUUUGUAGGUCAUAUAUAUUAAGAAGACCAGGAGGCAGACUCUGAAACCUCUCAGAAUUAGUUUUCCUGCACUCAGAGAGUGCAGGAAAACCGAUUUAAAUCCAAAUCUAUUAAAUCAGGUCACUGAAUGUCUGUUGAGUUGGUUCAAUUAAUGAAAUGAGUUUUAAAGAAAGCAGAGAUUAGAGCUAAAUAACCUAAAAUCUCAUUUACAUUUUAUGGCUUUGAAGAACGCGGUUUGUCACACUGGCUUAGGAUAAUGGUCGUGGUCAAAUGGGACUCAUAAGUGCAUUCUCCACAUGUAACUGGGUUGGAAACUGCUGAUCUGGAGUGCGUUCAAGGAAGCAGGUUAUACUUAGAUUGUUGCAGUGAACUGGCCACAUCCCUUUAAGAAUGAAGGCAGGGCUGGAAUCAGUCAUGAUCAGAACUAAUUAUGAAUAAAUGAUCUGCUUUAACCUGUGCUCCUGCUGCAGAGCCCUGCUGCUCUGCUGUAUCUUCUCUUUGCUGUCUUGCCGGUCUGGUUUUUGUGGCCUUAAGCUGUAAACCAACCAAACCAGUCUUGAUAAAGCUGUCAUACCCACCAGAGGCUAUAGCCUCUUCUGUCCUCCCUGUGACUGACAAGCCAGUGUUUUUAGCCCUAAACCCUCCCUACAGGUAUCCAAGUAACAUGUAUUGAGCCGCCACGUCAGCACCCCCCCAUAUAUAUUACACUAUAUUUUCCUCCCCACAUAAGUCUAUUCUACUACUGACUGUGUCUCUACCAAGUGCACAGUUCAGCAGCUUUACUUGCUCAGAGUGUGUCAGUGUAAUGCUUCUUGUGCAAGCACAGGGUGAGGUCUCAGACAUUUCCAGCUCCUCAGUUUUAACCCGAGGCAGGGUUUUGUAGCCAGCUGUCUCUCUCUGUCUCUGUGCCUCUGCUGCUUCACACCAGCUGCAGCCAGACAUCAGGAGAGGCUGUUCCAGCUGACACUUGAUGGCAAAAACAGUGGGUUCCUAUGUUUGCUCUCAUCUAACAUGCUGUAGAUAAAAUUCCUUUAAUGGGGAGGGUAGAUUAGGUCAGAAACAUUGAAACUUGCUCUUCAGUCACACAGUUUCUGAUUUAAAGCUGCACUAAACAAUACUUUUAUACUGACAGUGUAUUAAAUGACUUCAAUGUGAAAGGUGUCAAUGAUAGACAAACCUACAUAGAAUUAUCAUUGAACUCUGCAGUUGAUCAGCUCUGCCGUGUAACUUUCAUGUUUUGGUUCAGUCUCACCGUUUCCACUCCCAAAUUUUAGUCACACAUCCAGCUGUUUUCAGCACAAAGGCUCUAUAAACUGACUGGAUGCUGCCCUCCCAGCACGAGAUUGAAGACAGACAGUGUUAGCAACCACAGCUAGUAAACACAGUGUAGCAUUUGGGAGCUGAAAGGCUAGUUAGGCUAAAUAAAUAUAAGGCUGCUUGUAUAUGGUACAUUGGUACAAAAAAAAUGUGCAGAAAAUUGGCCCUUUCAAAUUUCCUAAUACUGAACCCUAAUUGUUCCACAUGAACUAAGCCCAGCAGCCAUAGGGUUCAGUCAAGAUCAACUGUAAAUCAUGUUUCACCUUCCCCAGGAUCAGUACAUUUUCCUUGAUCCUGGGAGCAAAUGCUCUGACCAGUUUUGAAGGGUGAAUAGUUGGAUUAGCUUACCAGUCACAUACACUCAUCUUGUUCAUGGGUUAAUAUCCAUCAAAGCAGCGUGGGUGUAUGAGAAGACUAAAGCACUCACAGGAGGACACACCAGAUUGCAAAGGUUACAGCGGGUCAUCAUUAACGUGUGUCACAUGAUAAGCUUUAGUGUAGGUCCAGGCAGCUGGAUCUGCCAAAUGACAGCCUGCUUGAGUUAUGAGGCUAGCUAUCCAGCUUAGCUAGACAAAAGCCAAAGCCUCUCAGGCAAACCCCAGGAGGAGGGGUGUGGAUGGAGCGGUCAAGUCGACGGCAGCAUGCCAUCAAAGUGUGCCUGACCAAACAGAAUUCAGUACUGUACAAUACUAGAUUACUUCCUUGUCCCAUGCCUUUCUGUUGUAGAUACUAAACAAAGAAGCCAGUGCAAAAACAGUACACAGGUUUGCUCAUGCAUCACCUCCACUGAUGUCUGUGGCCCUGCUGACGGCUAUAUUUGCAUGUAGGCUAAUUAUGGUUGUUUCGGAAUUACAAGCCAGCUAAGUGUUGUUGAUUCAUGCAAAAACAGAAAGGAUACUUGUCGUUGUGCUGCGUGACAGCGCUUCCUCUCCUGGAUUACACACCUGUUGGGUGUGCAGCGGCACACACGUGGUGGUAGGAUCCUUACAGCAGCUGCAGCGGUGAGAACAAGGACCUCCACUGUGUCCUUAGAGACAUGACUUUACUUGAGUUCAUUGCCACCGGUGUCUGUGUUCACUCCUCCAAGUUGCACAGUAUGGAUGGGGACCACGGGAGAGGACAUAAAUCACCACUGUAGCACAAAGGCAUAAAGACCUGCAGCUCGAGCCAAAGUUAAACUAAAAAAAAAACCACCUGAGCAUGCACGGUCACAGUAACACGGGCACUUUGUUUUAACAACUAGCACUCUGAAAUGAUUACUGCUUUUAAUGCCCAUCAUUCUUACCUUUGUUUCUCCCUCUCCUUACACACUGCCUCUGAACACCAAAUAACAAGAGCAUUAUGUUCCACAUGGAUUCUCAUUAUCUGCAGUCAAUUUCAAACGGAAUCCAAUAGAAAAAAA